CAGCCACAGCAGUGCUUUACUGAGGAGCAAAGAGCCUGAGCAAACAGUUGGCCAAAGAGAGCUUCACUUCAACCAGUCAGGACUUUGAUUCCUAACUCAAUCGAACCAAUCCUGCUCACUUAGUCUCUUCAGGACCUCCUGCACCUCUAAAGAAUCAGACUGGACCAGGACAGCUUGUAUUCAAGGAGAGCAAGACAAGAGAAAAUAGUACUUCACAUAGGUGCAAGUAUCCAUUUUUUAAAACAUAGAAAAUGGUAAAGAUGUCUUUGCGGACGGUGGCUCUGAGUGUCACCCUGCUGCUGGUGCUGACAGAAGCGUGGGCGCAGAACCCAAGGAAGAGACUGGCGCCACCCAAGUCUCCAAAGGCGCAGUGCUGCGAUGAGGUGCGCUCCCUGAAGGUGCAGGUGGCCAACCUAACCAGCCUCCUGGAGGAGCUGAACCGCAAGCAGGAGGCAGACUUGAUGAACGUAGUGAGGCAGAUGAUGGAGCUGGAUAAGCAGAACCGGCAGCAGGAGGCCCGCGUCACAGAGGCCGAGAGCAAGUAUUCCGAGAUCAACAACCGGGUGGAGAUCAUGCAGUUACAAGCCGCCCAGUCUGCCACUCAGACCUCGUCAGGUAAGAACUUUCCUUGUGGCUGUGUCCCAGGUUCUUGGGCCAGGGAAUGUGUUCAUUGCUCCUCAGCAACAAAGAAGUAAAGAUAAAUUAAACACUGCUUUAGUGUGAAUUUAAAAUGUAGUGCUGUUUUCAUUCCUUCACUAUUUUUCAACUUCAGUGAAUGUGAUUCUCACCCCCCCCACCAAAAAAAAGCUAGAUUAAGGCAUCAAAAACUGUUUGAAAUCAAAUAAUUAGUAGGAAUAAAACACAAAAGGUUUUCUGGUGAAAAUAAUAGCCUUUGAGUAGUAGAAUGCAGUAGUACAGUAGUGACUGACAAAUGGCCAGGGUGGAUAUCUGUCCAGCUCCACAUGGCAGACCCAGUUCAGUUUAGACCCAAACGAUACUUCUCUCUCUAUUGCGCUUGCCUGCUCAGCAUCUUCUGCCAGAUGCUCAGCAUCUUCUGCCAGAUGCUCUCCACAGGUGUGAAAAUCAUAUCACUGGCUGCCAUACAUUACACACUGCCAUAAAUAUUCAUAGCACACACCUAACGUCAGACACACAGGAAAUUUGGUUCGUCUUAAAGUUUUUUUUCCCUACACUUUAUGACAUCAGUCAGUCUGCAGUCAGAAAACAAUCCACUUAAAAAUACCCCUUACAGAGAUACGACUAUUCGUUUCAAAAAUCAUUAAACAACCAACCAAAAUGUGUUCUAUUACGUUGGUAUGUAGGGUGUUGUUGUUUGUCAAAAAUUAAGGAAUUCAGAAUACACAAACAUUUUCAUUUACAGGACACUAAACAUAUUUUUUGACAUUGAAAACUAUAAAUAGCCAUGGGCGCUCCGAAUCUUGGGCACUGGACAGCUGCCAUCACUUGGUGAUAAUGGAGAUUAUAGUGCACAAACUUGUCUGGGCGUCUCAUGGUAGCCAAAUGCCAUAAUUUGAACACUUUAGUGUCCUGUCUGCACGAAGUCUGUCAAUAAAGACCACCUCCAUCAAAGCCAAUUGUUUCCAUCAGUCAUCUGAACUUAACCAAACCACUCAUCACUGUGGGGAGAUUUAACCAGGCAUGUAGCAGUGUAUUCUUUUGAUACCCUAUUAGCCAGUCUUAGCAGUGUUACUUUUAUGAUGCAGGCACGGUAAACAGAGAGGAGCUUUAUAAAGACUCUGCAAAUUACAGAGACACUGUGCAGACGGGGAAGCAGAGCAGGAAGAAAAGCAAAGAUUAGAGUGGCGUUUCCACUCCAGCCUCCAGCCAUGAAAACACUUUAGCCCCUUUUUGAUGCAUUGGAUCCAUUUCUCCCCAGUGAUCUCAGAGCACCACUAAUGGCAUCACCAUGCCGUCACAUGAACAAUGGAGGGAACUAUGCAAAGUCUUUGACUUCUCUGCCAGACAUCUAUUCCCAUGAUUCAGUCAAUUUGCAUUUUUUAAACCCACCAUGAAACGGCAUCUGGUUUGGCCAUCUCUAAUAACAUAACCUUUUAUUUUAUAGAUGCCAUCUAUGACUGCGCAUCCCUGUACACCAAGAACUACAAGAUCUCCGGGGAGUACAAACUGCCUGCAGAUGACUUCCUGGGGACCCCUGAGAUAGACGUAAGUGAUAAACCCUGUAACUGCAAACAAGUUUUAGGUUCACAGAUCCCUGCUACAUUGUAGUCUCUGUAGAAUGCCAUGAAUGUGUCAGACUUUUCACAGACUUGUUGGGGUAGGUUGUUUACAUUUACAUUUUAGUCAUUUAGCAUACACUCUUAUCCAGAGCAACUUACAGUAGUGAGUACAUACAUUUUCGUACUGGUACCCCGUGGGAAUCGAACCCACAACCCUGGCAUUGCAAGCGCCAUGCUCUACCAACUGAGCCACAUGUUUAUCCUGUGCUGUUGGUUUCAGGUAUUCUGUGAUAUGGACAGCAAUGGCGGUGGAUGGACGAUCAUCCAGAGACGCAAGGUGGGCCUGACCUCCUUCAACCGCGACUGGAAACAGUACAAGAACGGCUUUGGCACCAUCCGCGGAGACUUCUGGCUGGGCAAUGACAACAUCUUCCGUCUGACAAGGCAGCCCAGCACACUGAGGAUAGAGAUGGAGGUACAAAGGACGGCUGAGGGUGGGCCCCCCAAAACAGGCUAGCCGCCCAGACCAGGCCCCAGAUAUUGAGAGUAGUAAAUAGAUAACACCUUGGUAAAGCUUUCCAUGGUUCUGACACACACCACUCAUGGGAAACUGAUGUUAGCAGUGGGAGGUUUUAUUCAGAGCCAGGAGACUAAAGAUAGACCACCCAAAACACAGUAAAAAGAAACCUCAUGGGCAAUUGGUAAACCUCUUGCUUCACCAAAAGUGAUAACAUUACUAUUUCAACUACAAAGUUCAAUAUUGUCAGUUGCAUAGUUUUACCACAAGCUGUGCUGCAAAUAUGUAAAUCAGGUACUAUUUAUGUUUUCUGUUCUCCAAUGAAGGACUGGGAAGGCCAGACCCGCUUUGCAGAGUACAGCUACUUCACAAUGAAAAACGAGUUGAACAGCUACAAACUCUUCAUCGCCAACUAUAGUGGAAACGCUGGGGACUCUCUGCGCUACCACAACAACACCAACUUCAGCACCAAGGACAAGGACAACGACAAAUGUGUGGACGACUGUGCUUCACUACGCAAAGGUACAAAAUACUUAACUCGGGUUUAACUCAUAUAAUUUCGAUUUUCAUAGAUUAAGAUUGAUUCCAUGUAAGAAUUAAUUGGAAUCAAUUCCUUGAACACCUUUCAAUUUCUUUCCAAUUACUAUUUUAAUAUUUUCCCCUACAGGUGGUUACUGGUACAACUGUUGCACUGACUCCAACCUGAAUGGCGUGUUCUAUCGUUAUGGCGACCACAGCAAGAACUCAGAUGGAAUCACUUGGUACGGCUGGCACGGGCCCAACUACUCCCUGAAGAGAGUGGAGAUGAAGAUCCGGCCACAGAAUUUUCAACCAUAAAUGCUUCUAACUUCAAACCCUGGAUGAUGUGCAUGCUUGCCAAGAGAUUUAACAAAGCCUGAGCAACCAAAUAGUCUUUCCCCUUGAUUGGGGAAAAAAAAUACCUUUGUUAUUGCCUGGAAUAUUUCUAUGGGUUGAAUGUGUAAUGCGUUUAACAUGUUUGAUUGUAAAUUGUAGUUAAUUUUGUAUUUAUCGUUGAAAUACUAUAUUUUCUUAAAAGCUUUACAGAAGCCUCUUUACCACUGUUCCGUAAGGGUAACUGAAUGUUGCUUCCCUCCAUAAUUUGUCUCAAAGCAAUAGAGUAUAUUUAUCAGUCCUAACUCAAGCUGUCUACUAGCCUGUGGUUAAGUUGAUUACAUGUAUUGGGAAAGUAUGACAAUGCAAAAACAUAUAUGAAGAUCCAUCGAGUGUUUUGCAAUGGGCCUUUGUGAGCUACUGGAAGAGGAACGACCACCCAAUGUACUUUCAUCAGAAGUACCCGACAGAUUUUAUUGUGAGAAAACUAACAUGUAGAUUUUUUGGGAAUUGUGUAAAACAUGUACAGCUCUAUAAUUGUGUUGUUUUGUGGGAUAGAAAAUAAAUGUGUAUUUUUAAAAAA